GGUUUGGAGUGAGGGUGGCACGUUGAGUGGAAGACUGUGUGGAAGGUUCCGGCGUGGAGCCUGGCAGAAAUCUCAUUUCUGGUGGAAAUCCCGUGCUGUGUCCCUGAGGGAUGGAUCGAGUAUGGAGUGCAUGGUACGGAAAGUGUAUCAAAGAAAAAAAACUGACACCACCAUGGGCUCAGAGCAUCAUGGUCGCCUGGCUCAGCAGGGCUGAAUGGGACCAGGUGACGGUCUAUCUGUUCUGUGAUGACCAUAAACUGCAGCGGUAUGCACUGAACCGUAUCACGGUGUGGAGGAGCAGGUUAGGCAACGAACUCCCCCUGGCAGUGGCUUCUACUGCUGACCUGAUACGCUGUAAGCUCAUGGAUGUAACUGGUGGCUUGGGCACUGAUGAACUUAGACUGCUCUAUGGCAUGGCAUUGGUCAGGUUUGUGAAUCUUAUCUCUGAAAGGAAGACAAAGUUUACCAAGCUCCCACUCAAGUUCCUGGCCCAGGAGGUAAACAUUCCAGAUUGGAUUGUUGAACUUCGUCAUGAGUUGACACACAAGAAAAUGCCCCAUAUAAAUGACUGUCGCAGGGGCUGCUACUUUGUCCUGGAUUGGCUCCAGAAGACCUACUGGUGCCACCAACUGGAGAACAGCCUGAGAGACAGUUGGGAGUUGGAAGAGGACAGGAUAGACAUGGAAGAAGACCAAGAGGAAGAUAAAAACAUUAGUGUUGAUAAUGACAUGGAACAGGGACCAGAGCCUGAGGACCAUGGGAAAGGUACAGAGUUGGAUGUCAAAGCUGAUGGAGACAGUAAAGGCACUGAAGAGGUGGAUUCUCAUUGGGAAAAGGCUCUGCGACAUAAGGAGUUAUAUGAAAGAGCUCGAGAAUUGCUAGUUUCAUAUGAAGAGGAACAAUUUAAGGUGCUGGAGAAAUUUAAGCAUUUACCUCAGGCCAUUAAGGUGUGGAAUAAUCUAUCUCCGCAUUUAGAAAGCAUCUUGGCAGAGAUCAAGAGUAUUGCUUGGGAGGACAGGGCUGCUGUGCUGGAUGCUUUUCUGGAUGAUGGCUUUCUCAUUCCUACAUCUGAGCAGAUGGUAGCUUUGCAGAUAGAGUAUGAAGAUGGGCAUACUGAGGUCCAGAGAAGGGAAGGUACUGACCCAAAGUCACACAAAAACAUGGAUUUGAAUGACGUCUUGCUACCAAAGCCAUUCUCUCAGUUCUGGCAACCACUGCUUAGGGGCCUGCACUCCCAGACCUUCACGCAGGCGCUGUUGGAGAGGAUGUUCUCUGAGCUUCCAGCCUUAGGGAACACUGGAAUCCGGCCCAGUUACAUCCUUAGAUGGACCAUUGAACUGAUCGUGGCCAACACUAAGUCUGGACCAAAUGCUCAUCGAUUCUCUGCAAGCCAGUGGGAAGCAAGAAGGAGCUGGAGGUUGUUCAACUGCUCUGCCUCCCUUGACUGGCCCCAGGUGGUUGAGUCCUGCUUGGGCUCACCUUGCUGGGCCAGCCCCCAACUCCUUCAGCUUGUCUUCAAAGCCAUGGGACAGAUCCUGCCUGAUGGGGAACAGGAGAAAUUGCUGCGCAUCUGUUCCAUUUAUACUCAGAAUGGAUUAAACAACUUGAAGAAGGAGGGCUCAGAGGUCUCCCACGUUGAGAAGUCUCCAUACACACUGGACAGCUUGUACUGGGGACUCAAGCCAGCUAGUUCCAACUGUGGGUCUGAAGGAAAGGCCCAGCAGCAGGGGGAGCAGGGUACCCCUAAUGGUGGUAAUGAAGAGGAGGAGAAAAAGACCCUGCAGGACCAGAUGGAGGGAGAGGAGGAAGAGGAAGAAGAUGACUUAGAAGAGGAAGAUAAAGAUGGUAAUGAAGAUGAUGAGGAUGAUGAUGAGGAUGAGGAGGAGGAGGAGGAGGAUGAGGAUGAUGAGGAAGAAGGAGGCAAAAUGGAUGUGGGGCCUUUCUGUGUUGUGCAUGAGUCACCUACCAUUGAGAAUGCCAGGCUUCUGGCCCAGAAAAAAGGAGUUUUGGAGGGCUCUGCAUGGCAAGUUAGCUCAGAAGAUGUGCGGUGGGGCACAUUCCCCUUAGGCCGCAUGCCAGGUCAGACGGAGGACCCAGCAGAGCUUAUGUUGGAGAAUUAUGACACCAUGUAUCUUUUCGAUCAGCCUGUGCUAGAGCAGCGGCUGGAACCCCCAUUGUCCAAGACUAGUACUCUGGGCCUAACUUGUGGUAUCGGCAGUGGCAACUGCAGCAAUAGCAGCAGCACCUUGGAUGGCCUUCUCUGGAGCCAGGGGCAGAUGCAUGGGCUUAAAACUGGCCUGCAGCUAUUCUGAUGCCUGCCUUAAUGGAAGUGUUCAUUCCUGCCAGAGCAACAGCCCACCCCAGUGAGCACCUGAUCUUCCAUGAUACAGUCUGGGAAACAGCCUAGAUCAGCCACAUCAAUGCAGCUUUCCACUACAAUAGAAUGUGGAAGACCUUUUCCUUUUGUUUUCUUUUUUGUUUUGUUUUGAAAAAAAAAUAAAUAAGAAACUGUAGUUUUGA